ACAAAAUGUCUACUUGCGUUUUGUGUUCUUAAAAGUACAAAACUAUGCUCAUUCGAGUACACGUGUGAAUUGGUCUCAGUUUACAUAGUAAAAAUAGUGCUCGGUCGUCGACGGAUUAUUGUUCGAGAUUAAUUAAUAUGCCAGAAUUAACUGAACUCGACAAAGCUGCAAGCUCUGAACCUACUAAGGUCGAAGCAGCUGCAGCAGGAUCUGGAACUGAUACAGAUUCAGAUGACACUAUUCCAGAAUUGGACGAUGCAGGAGCUGGAGGUACUGUUGGUUUCCCAGGGACAACCGUCACUGGUCUUCCCAUUGAUAUGGUUUCUAAAGCAAAACAAAGUCGAGGAGAGAAAAAAGCCAGGAAGCUUAUGAGCAAAUUGGGAUUAAAGCCUGUGCAAGGAGUUAACAGAGUGACUAUUCGCAAAUCAAAAAAUAUUCUCUUUGUAAUCAAUAAGCCAGAUGUGUUAAAGAAUCCAGCUUCAGAUACUUACAUAGUGUUUGGCGAAGCCAAGAUUGAGGAUCUCAGUCAACAAGCUCAAGUAGCAGCAGCUGAGAAGUUUAAGGAACCACCAGUUAUUCCAGCAACUGAAGCCGGCGGUAGUACUACGGUUGUUGCACCAAUACAAGAAGAAUCAGAAGAAGAAGUAGAUGAAACGGGUGUCGAAGAAAAAGACAUCGACCUAGUAAUGUGUCAAGCCAAUGUGUCUCGAGGGAAGGCUAUUAAAGCUCUUAAGAAUAAUCAGAAUGAUAUUGUCAAUGCUAUUAUGGAAUUGACAAUGUGAUGAAGCUACUUUGCAAUAGGGUAUGCUACGUCGUAGCUAUCAUUGUGACAUCAUCUUAUUUUAUCAUCUACGUCAUCAGGAAAGAACAUCAUCCUUUUUUUCUCUCAUUACACGUUGAAAGGAUUAAGCUCGAAUACUAAGAGGCAUGGAGACCAUGAUGUUUGUCUCAAAAGAAUUCACAUGUAUAUACAUAAUUCAUAUGAAAAAAAAUAAAUACACUAAGGACACUA